GCUGGUAACCGCGAAAGGAUAAGGAGGGGUAAAAGAGGAAGUGUGACCGGCGUUGAGCGCAUAUAGGUAGUCGUGAGAGGAGUCAGUCGGUGACGGGUUGUGUCUUUAGUGCUGUAGUGAAGAGUUUUGUCGAGCCGCUUGUGUUAAAAAAUGAGCUGGCAGGAUUACGUUGACAAGCAGCUGCUCGCGUCUAGAUGUGUUACCAAAGCUGCAAUCGGAGGACACGAUGGCAAUGUCUGGGCAAAGUCUGAGGGCUUCGAAGGUGACAAAGAGGAGCUGGCAAAAUUGGCAGGAUUCGACGAUCAGGAUAUUCUGACCUCGUCGGGCGUCACCUUGGCCGGCAACAGGUACAUUUACUUGUCGGGAACGGAUCGAGUGAUAAGGGCAAAACUUGGCAAGGUCGGCGUUCACUGCAUGAACACGCAAUCGGUAGUUGUCUCCCUGUACGAAGACCCAUACAGCCACAGCAAAGCCGCGUCAGUCGUUGAAAAACUCGGGGACUACCUCCUGGCCUGCGGCUAUUAGGUUGGUAUACAUAGGUAUAUAUGUACAUACGAC